UCAGAAGAGAAGGAAGAAGACGAAAUGAAGCCUAUCAUUCUGCCGCCGCUCAACUGCAAGAACGGGCAGCCGUCCGAUCGGCAUCGGACGGUCACCGACGUCUCUCAAGGCGGCGAACAUCUCCAUCUUUCUUACUACUUUUAGCCAUUAGCUUGGUGGAUUAGUGAGCUCGCUCCUCCUUUUGGCACAAAUUCUCUCGAGAAGGAGAGCGAAUAUGCCGUCUCUGCGGCCGAUCUUGCUCGCCGCCGCCGCCGCCGUCGCCGUCGUGUCUCUGUGGCCGGCUGCCCGCGUGGUGGCCGACAUCGAUCCGUCGUCUGGGAUGCCGUCGCCACCUGCGACCACCUCGCCGUUCCCGUUCUGCCCGACGACGCCGGCGGGGAUCUCCACGCAGCCGUUUCCCUGGGCGGAGCCGUCUCCGACGACGACGACCACCAUGUUCCCGCAGGAUCCAGGGUUUCUUGCAUCGGCGGCAUGCCAUGCGAGGACGGCGGCGCUGGCAUGGAUUCCGGUGGUGUUUGUGUUUUCUGCUUUCUUGGUGUUUUUGCAGUGAAUCGUACUCACUGCCAUUGAUGUUGUAUGUAUGAGUUGAAUUCAGAUUCCAUGAUGUUUCUGAAUAUUGCAGCUGGUGUGAUGCCAUGUAACAUGGUAAUUUGAUAGCCUUUGUAUUGUAUCAGAUAUAUAGUUGCAAACACUAUGUCAAAAGGAGUUCCUCUUUUUCUCUCUCGCUGUGCUAGUCACUCUGUUUCUUGUUCAUGAGGAAAGGAAAGGAAAGAUACAUAUGUACUUGAUA